GUAGUCUCGCGAGAGUUGACCCCUUUCCCCUCAGCGGCGGCCCGACGGGAUCUUUCGAGAAGUCCCCCCGCCCCGAGGAGGCAGCGCCCGCCGCCGCCGCGCAUUUAAACGGGCCUGAGCCGCCGCUCCUCCGCCGCCUCAGCCACCUUCCCCCGCCUCAGCCAUGUCGGUGGUGGGCAUCGAUUUGGGUUUCCAGAGCUGUUAUGUGGCCGUGGCCCGCGCCGGCGGUAUCGAGACCAUCGCCAAUGAGUACAGCGACCGCAGCACGCCGUCAUGUAUAGCCUUUGGACCCAAGAAUCGCUCGAUUGGUGCUGCAGCUAAAAGCCAGGUUAUUUCAAAUGCAAAGAAUACAGUACAAAGUUUUAAAAGAUUUCAUGGUCGUGCAUUCUCAGAUCCCUUUGUUCAAGCUGAAAAAGCAAGCCUUGCGUAUGAACUUGUCCAGCUGCCAACAGGCUCAACUGGCAUCAAGGCCAUGUAUAUGGAAGAAGAAAGAAACUUUACUAUUGAACAGGUGACAGGAAUGCUUCUUACCAAAUUAAAAGAGACUGCUGAGAAUGCGCUUAAGAAGCCUGUAGUUGACUGUGUUGUUUCUGUUCCUUCUUUUUACACAGAUGCAGAAAGGAGAUCUGUGAUGGAUGCUACACAGAUUGCUGGUCUCAACUGUCUGAGACUAAUAAAUGAAACAACCGCAGUUGCCCUUGCAUAUGGAAUCUAUAAGCAAGACCUGCCUGCCUUGGAAGAGAAGCCACGGAAUGUUGUUUUUGUGGAUAUGGGGCAUUCUGCAUAUCAAGUUUCUGUUUGUGCAUUCAACAAAGGAAAACUGAAAGUUCUUGCUACAUCAUUUGAUACAACACUUGGAGGCAGAAAGUUUGAUGAGAUGUUAGUUGAAUACUUUUGUGAAGAAUUCGGAAAGAAAUACAAACUAGACAUAAAGUCAAAGAUUCGUGCGUUGUUGAGGCUGUACCAGGAAUGUGAAAAACUGAAAAAAUUGAUGAGUGCUAAUGCCUCUGAUCUCCCGAUGAACAUAGAAUGCUUCAUGAAUGACAUAGAUGUCUCUGGAACAAUGAACAGAAGCAAAUUUUUAGAGAUGUGUGAUGGACUCCUUGCAAGAGUAGAACCACCCCUUCGCAGUGUGCUGGAGCAAGCCAAGUUAAAGAAGGAGGAUAUUUAUGCAGUAGAGAUAGUUGGUGGUACCACAAGAAUCCCUGCCGUAAAAGAGAAGAUCAGUAAAUUUUUUGGCAAAGAAGUCAGUACAACUUUGAAUGCAGAUGAGGCUGUGGCACGAGGUUGUGCUCUGCAGUGUGCUAUUUUAUCUCCGGCUUUCAAAGUGAGAGAAUUUUCUAUCACAGAUUUGAUACCAUAUCCUGUUUCUUUACGAUGGAAUUCACCAGCAGAGGAAGGGCUAAGUGACUGUGAGGUCUUCCCCAAGAACCAUCCUGCUCCAUUUUCCAAGGUCCUCACAUUCUACAGAAAGGAGCCUUUUACUCUUGAGGCAUACUACAGCUCUCCCAAGGAGUUGCCUUACCCAGAUCCUGCUAUAGCUCACUUCUUGGUUCAGAAGGUCACGCCUCAAACAGAUGGAUCCAGUUCAAAAGUGAAGGUCAAAGUUAGAGUAAAUAUCCAUGGUAUCUUCAGUGUGUCAAGUGCAUCUUUAGUGGAGGUUCAUAAGUCAGAUGAGAAUGAAGAGCCUAUGGAAACAGAUCAGCAUGUGAAAGAGGAAGAGAAAAUGCAAGUAGACCAGGAAGAGCAACAAAAGACUGAAGAACACCAGCAGGCUCAACCUGAAAAUAAGGCAGAGUCUGAAGAAAUGGAGACUUCUCAGGCUGACUCAAAAGACAAGAAAGUGGAUCAGCCACCUCAAGCCAAGAAGGCUAAAGUAAAGACUACUACAGUGGACCUUCCCAUUGAGAAUCAGUUGGUGUGGCAGAUAGGGAAGGACAUGCUGAACUUAUUCAUUGAGAACGAGGGUAAAAUGAUAAUGCAGGAUAAGCUAGAGAAAGAGAGGAACGAUGCCAAGAAUGCAGUGGAAGAAUAUGUGUAUGAUAUGAGAGACAAACUCUGCAGUAUUUAUGAGAAGUUUGUUAGUGAAGACGAUCGAAAUAGCUUCACGCUGAAGCUGGAAGAUACAGAAAACUGGCUUUAUGAAGACGGUGAAGACCAACCCAAACAAAUUUACAUUGAUAAAUUGACAGAAUUGAAGGCUCUGGGUCAGCCUAUCCAGGCAAGGUUUCAAGAAUCGGAGGAAAGACCAAAAGCAUUUGAGGACUUAGGGAAGCAGAUUCAACAGUACAUGAAAACUGUUCAUGCAUUCAAAGCAAAGGAUGAACAGUAUGACCAUCUAGAUGAAGCUGAUGUAGCAAAAGUGGAGAAGAGUGCGAAUGAAGCUAUGGAGUGGAUGAACAAUAAACUUAAUCUUCAAAACAAGAGAAGUCUUACUUUGGAUCCAGUUAUAAAAGCUAAAGAGAUACAAGCUAAAACUAAAGAAUUGACAAGUAUUUGUAAUCCUAUAGUCACAAAACCAAAACCCAAAGUUGAACUCCCAAAGGAGGAGCAGAAACCAGCUGAACCUAAUGGACCAGUAGAAGGUGGGGGAGAAGCCACCACUGGGUCCCAGGCUGCUGAGCAGAGUGGGGCUGGUGCUGCCCCCACUGCCACUGAGAAGAAGCUUCCUGAAAUGGACAUUGACUGAAUUUCAGCACUUGUUUAUAUUAUUGCGAAUUACAAUAAAGCUUUAAGUUGUCAACUUUGUAUGUUCUGGAUACAACUGAAGCAAGUCAAUACCACAGCACUCUUUAACUCUUGGAGAGGUUUGGUCAGUGCAUCGAGUCAGAACACUUAGGUAGCUAACUAUUCAAAUAAACAGUAUUUCUUGCCAUUAGGAUUGUAUUUAGAAGUUCUGGUAUUCUUUCUAGACCUACAGAAACAGCCCUAAGCUGGUUCUCCAUUUUUAAUGUCCACCGUGAGUCAAUCUUGCUUUAAAGUAGCGAGACGGCAACAUCUGAAGUCAAACUUGGCAUGCUGUUUGCUUUCCCUUGUGGAUUAGAGCAACAGUGUCUGUAUAAAGUGCCCAUUAAGGCCAGGACUGCAGGAAUAUAACUGGGACAGGGGCUGCUUCUUCUAGACCCUGAAGCAUAGUCUUUCAGUUGCUCAUCUUAGUCCAGCUCUCCUACUAAUCUAGAUUUACUUUGGUUUGCACUUGAGCAGUUCACUGUUAACACAAGGUCAUUCAUUUAUCUGAUGGGUAGAGCAGCGGCUGUCCCCUCCCGUGGCUCAGGCUGUGCAUGAGAGCGUGCUCCUGGCCAAUGUCCCAUCUCAUUUGACCAUGUAAACUCUGUCUCUAGCUAAAUUAGCUGCUUGUAGAAAGAAUGAGUAUUUGUAUUUCGGCUGCCUAUGCUCAUAGUCGAUUCUGACUUGUUCCUAACUUUUUCUGAAGGGGGUAUGCUUGCUUCCACGAGGCCUUCAUUUGGAAUGCUUAGGGUUUUGUUUUGUGUUUUUUUUCCCGGGAAAAAAAAAUACAUGACUAAUUUGGCAUUUUUUUUUCUAUGAGCUUUAUACAAUGAUGUGCUUCUAGUACUGAUUGUCAUUAAACUUGCAAACAUUAAUUUGUAUGUGUUACAAUCCAAAGCUGAAACACCCGUUCGGAUAUUGCAAGACAAUAAAUGCACUGGAUUCUACUGGA